CGAGUUGCUAUAGAAACUUUGUGUCAUGUCAUAAGUUUAUUAUCCCCGAUAUCGAUCACACAACUAAAUAAAGAAUUAUCCUCUCUAAAAUUCACCCACGAGUAAAAUGUCGAGCAAACAAGACGCGCUUUCAAAUACGAGCGCUGACGACGACGAUGUUUCCGACAAAGCCUACGAGAACGAAACUUUCGAAGAAGAUAGCCGCGAAGACGAUUCAUACGAGGAAAUGUCUCAAAGCACUUUAGAGCAACUGAGGGACUCGCACAAAGCUAGAACAUUUCCCAACAAAACGUUCACUUCGUCACAAAUUCGGGAAAUUGAAAGACAGAACACAAUCUUGAUGAAUAAAAUCCUAACUUACAAUCGCAAGCCGAGCAAACCAAAGGUAACACUCCCGAAUAGAUAUCACCCCACCAGCGCGGCCAUCAAUCGGAAGAAAAAUCAAAAGAAAAUCGACUGGGAAAAUCAGAUUCUUUUGCGCAAAAUUCAAACUGUGAAGCCGUCCAUCAAGUAUUAGAGAUGUAGAUUGAGACAGUUGCCAAAUAUAUUUUUUGUAUACAA